AGUCUCGCAACUCGAAUGGGAUACGCCAAAUAGUGUUCAGUCCACGAGUUACAAUUGCCAGUUUCGAUCUCUAUAUACGUCAGUAGCGCAUUGAGUCCGAAGUUUUGGUGUCACUGCAGAGCUGGAGGUAGGAAAAGAAGAAGAAGACAAAACGAGAAAAAGAAGAAGACUGCGGUGCGUGGUUAGCGAGCAAGCCGAAGGAGGAGGGGAAUGUACAAGACACAAGACAUCUCGUGAAGGUGUUACCCUGUGAAACGCUCUUAUCUUGUUAAAGAGUUGAUGAAAUAAACGGGCAAACAUUUUGUUACGACGCUCCGUCUAAGCGCCUCUGACGGGAAACAACGGUUCUUGAUACUACAGCAAGACAUUUUUUAUAUAUUUUUCUUUGAGUUGGAAAGGGAUUUCCUUUCGGUGGUUUUCAAGUUCGUUUGUGUUAUUUAAGAGUCUGGAUACCGGGGAGAAGUGAUUUAUACGGGAAACGGAUCCGAGGAUUACACAAUGAAUACGUGUGGGUUAAAAAGCUGGUUCAUCUUGCUAUGCGUACUGGCGGCUACGGCACUGGCGUCGCCCUAUGGAAGAUUCCUGGAAAAUUACGGUGAUGACCAGAACACGAGAGGCCUCUUCAGAGAAGAAGCCUUCGUUUUAAGCAAACGUGACAAACCAACACAGGAUUCUGUGGCAAGACUGGCCCGGAUGCACUCCACUGUAGGCAUUGGCAAAAGAGACGCACAUGAUAUGUUCUUUGAGGAACUAGCAAAGCUCGGUGAGACGACGGUUCGAGACGGCGACUGGGGGUCGUCAUCGGCGCAAUCGUCAGAGGACAACGUGGUGAAUAUCGACAAGUUUGCAAAAGACGUUUCAGAACUGUUUGAAGUAUUUCGGACCUGUCCGCACGCCCUACAGUACGUAGCAAAUAGCAAUGGAGCUUGGGAAACCAGUCAAUUAAAGGAUCUACUCAAUACGUGCCUGAAUGUCGCCGCUCUAGCCAGACAAAUGAACAACUUUUCCUGAGUUUAAGCCAGAGUGACCGAUGGAAGACGACUUUAAUAAACCCGGUUUUUGUGACAAGCAAAUCAAGACGACAACGCCCCGGAACUUCUGUCAAAGCAGAUUGUUCCAAUCAUUAUUCCAGUUCGGAACGCAUCCCACACAGUUUCCUUCAUAAGCCAUUUACAUAGGGCAACCGAUAUAAUAAGGACAACGACGAACGUUAGACUAAAUAUUAUGCUUUAAUUUGUUUAUCAAUCUUCUGCAAAGAUCCAAAGGAUCGGUUUUGAAAUGUUCAUGUAAUACUUAAAAAUUAAACGCAGUUCAAUACAUGCUAGCUUAGAGUAUGUUACAUAAAGCAGAAGUAUUUUUAAAAGGCACUUUGGAAAAUUGUAGUAUGUUGUUCACUGAUUUUAUACUUGAGAACAGUGGGGGCUAUGUAAUCCACUCGAAACUCGUCGUAAAUUCUCGUAUGACAACAAUAUUCGACCGCCGCUUGUAAAACUUGGAACAGCUUGAUUAUUUCUCGAUACGGUGUUAAAUUGCCAAUAAUAUCUUGUGUUUCGCUGGGUGGAUUUUUUUCUUCUUCAAAGUACCGUUAGCUCUUCUUGUUUGCCGUUGGAUUGAAUUGUGAAGUCCCCAUUUUAACGACAACUUGGGCUUGGAUUACUGAAAUCCAAAGUUGAAGUUGUCGUAACACAAUAGCUCAUUGCAAAAUAACAACCAUAUAAAA